UGCAGUACAUUGAGCUCCAUAGAGACAGCGCCAGGGCAAGUGAGAGCUGGACGGGCACUGGGUGACUCUGUGCCUCGCUGAGGAACAAUAACUAAACAUGGGCAAAGGAGAUCCUAAGAAGCCGAGAGGCAAAAUGUCAUCAUACGCAUUCUUUGUGCAAACUUGCUGGGAGGAGCACAAGAAGAAGCACCCAGAUGCUUCAGUCAACUUCUCAGAAUUUUCUAAGAAGUGCUCAGAGAGGUGGAAGACCAUGUCUGCUAAAGAGAAAGGAAAGUUUGAAGAUAUGGCAAAGGCGGACAAGGCCCGUUACAAAAGAGAAAUGAAAACCUAUAUCCCUCCUAAAGGGGAAACAAAAAAGAAGUUCAAGGAUCCCAAUGCACCCAAGAGGCCUCCUUCGGCCUUUUUCUUGUUCUGUUCUGAGUAUCGCCCUAAAAUCAAAGGAGAACAUCCUGGCCUAUCCAUUGGUGGUGUUGCAAAGAAACUGGGAGAGAUGUGGAAUAACACUGCUGCAGAUGACAAGCAGCCUUAUGAAAAGAAGGCUGCAAAGCUGAAGGAAAAGUAUGAAAAGGAUAUUGCUGCAUACCGAGCUAAAGGAAAGCCUGAUGCAGCAAAAAAGGGAGUUGUCAAGGCUGAAAAAAGCAAGAAAAAGAAGGAAGAGGAGGAAGAUGAAGAAGAUGAAGAGGAUGAAGAGGAGGAGGAAGAUGAAGAAGAUGAAGAUGAAGAAGAUGAUGAUGAUGAAUAAGUUGGUUCUAGCGCAGUUUUUUUUCCUUGUCUAUAAAGCAUUUAACCCCCCUGUACACAACUCACUCCUUUUAAAGAAAAAAAUUGAAAUGUAAGGCUGUGUAAGAUUUGUUUU